GGCGAUUAGAUUAUUAGAUUAUCGGACAUUACAUAUUGAACCUUGGCAGUGACCUCCGGGUGUCCUUGUGAAGCACAUGCCUCCUUAACCUCAUGCUUCCCAAAAGCACUCCCACACCCUUCACUAAAACUGCUGACCACCAAACCCUUCACUCCCCUCCCCCCAAUCAAAAUACCUUCUUUGCCCCCCAGCCUCUAAAGAAAUCCCUCCGCUGCCUGUCUUUUGAUGCCUGCCCCCACGUCCAAAGACAUGCCUUUGUGCCUUAUACAGAACUGAAUGCGCUGCACAUUCUUUCUGGUUCUAUAGGAGGAUUUUUGUAACUCGGUCCUGAUGAGCCCACGGAAUUCAGCUUAAAUAAACCCCAAGAUCAGAGUCCAACGGAAUCUCAGACACACCAGCCUGCAGAGGGGCAGUCAACUAACUCUUUCUCUCUUUCUCUCAAUUCAAUUUCAAUUCAAUUCGAUUUCAAUCUAAGGGGCUUUAUUGGCAUGGAAAACAUAUGUUUACAUUGCCAAAGCAAGUGAAAUACAUCAUAAACAAAAGUGAAAUAAACAAUAAAAAUGUACAGUAAACAUUACACAUACAUGCUCUCUCUUCCUCUCUCUGACACACACACACUGACACACACACACUGACACACACACACACACACACUGACACACACACACUGACACACACACACACACACACUGACACACGCACACUGACACACACACACUGACACACACACACACACACACACUGACACACACACACACACACUGACACACAGACACUGACACACACACACUUUAGCUUUCUUCUUAUUACACGCAAACAAACGUAGACACUCAUAAAUCUGCAUAUCCACGUACAGUAUUCACAAAUACACACAUACCCAUUUACCCAAAGAACUAAAAGAGAAUUGAACAGUACGCAGUACUUGUGUAUUGUGGUUCAACAAAUUACUACAACAAACGAGUGCUGGCUUUGGUCAGUUUCAGUGGCAGUUUGACAAUUCAUAGUGCUCACUUUCAUGAAAUUCUGUUUAUAAUAGAUGACUAAUCAAAUACUUAUAUGACUGAUGGUUCUCGUUUAUAAUGCAGAUACGGGUUGACUAAAUGGUUUAUAAAUGAGUAACAAAGUAGCACAAACGAAUCUCCAGUCAUGGCUUCUGCAGACUUUUUAUUCCAUGGUGAAGAGAACUUUUCAUUUCAAUUGAUCAUAUACAUGUGAAUAGGCCUACAUCAGGUUGUUUUGAACAAGCUUACAGACUUUUUUGGUCACAUGGGUUUUUAUUUUCUCUCAAUGUCUUUUGUCUUCAUAACUGGAGGUAAUUCAUUGUUAUUCUCUGUAACCCAUACUUUUUCACAUGUAUAAAGUACUGCAUUUUCAUUAUGCAAAUGAGUGCUUUCAGGAAGCAUUGAAGAUUUGCCAGUCGUUUUCAAUGUAGGCCUGUUUGUAGAGAAUUCUAGGACCUGCUGUAUGUUCAUGCUACUGUAAAUGUAUGAUCUGCAGAAUCUAGAUCUAGCGUAGCCUAUAUGAUGCCUACCACUCACAUGUGGGUGGUCCACUGAGCAAGGGGCGUGUUCGACUGUUUCACCCCUCCUACCCCCACCGCUCUCCUGGAGCAUGCUUUAAUAGAGAAAGUAUGCAAUGUUCAUAUAUGCUCCAGCUCCAACCCCCAUCAUACUUCAACUGGGGUAUUCGUGACCAAACGAGGAUACGGCAGACAAACGUAAGGGGAUCACACACAAACAGAGUGAGAUAGAGGAAAGGAGGGAGGGGAAGAGGGAGAGAAAGAAAGAGGGAGAGAAAGAAAGAGGGAAGAAAGAAAGGAGGCAGUGUCAGUUUAUUCCAAGGUAAACUUUAUUAAAGGCGACUGUCUGUAAUAUAAAGACAUUUUAAGAAUAAUAUACUCACUGAAUUGUAGGCUAAACUUUCCUACAAUUCCAUUGCGGUUUUUAUUAAGUAGGCUAACAGCAAAACCAACUGGUGGGGGCAAGGUAACAAUCACGGCUAAGUCUGCCCCUCCCUAACCCUCUCCCCUGAGGCCUGAGCUCUGGGCAUCCAAGCCCACACCCCCAUUUCACUUCGCUGGUGGACAGACAUAGGGAUGAGCAACAGUGGGACCAAGGAGCCGUCACCACAGCCAGGAGUGGCCCAAUCACCUGCCUCCACACCUCCACGCAGGGGCCGGGGACGCCCACGAAAACAACAGCAGGAGCCCACUGGCCCCCCAACCCCAAAGAGACCCAGAGGACGACCCAGAGGAAGCAAGAACAAGGGGCCUCGUGCCACACCCAAGAAUGUAGAGCCAGUCGGGGAGAGAAGACCUCGGGGCCGGCCAAGGAAAUGGCCCCAGAAAGUAGUUCAAGAGGUAAUCCAGGAACAGCAAAGUCCUUCAGAAGAAACUGAGGGCCCCUCACAGUCACAGUCUCUGCCCGCUGAGGCUUCGCCAUCUCAGGCUCCAGCCCAGGAAGUGGCAAAGGGGGAAUAGACAAUGUGCCACAAAACUACCUCAAGGUUUGGGCAGAGACAAAGAGGUGUACAAUCCAACCUCCAUUGUCAUGAGGAUUCCAAAACAACAGAUAAUAGCCCUGCUUUGUAGAACAGUAGGCCUGAUGGUGGUAUUGUGAUUGGAGUCUGUCCAGCACUGAGGCUGGGUCAAUAAUGGGCAUAGAUUUGGUCAGUUGAUUGAUUACUUAGGAUUCGGGUCAGUGGGUGGGGCUGUUCAGAGAUUGGUUGAUGUGUGUGUGUGUGUUCGUGUGCAUGCGAGCGUGUAUGCGUUUGUGGUGUUAAUGGUGGUUGCAUGGUGGGGAGUUUUUUUUUUUAAAGGAUGCAGCUGCUGUCAUCAAAUUUGACUGACAUUUCAAAACACAUUACCGGGACAAGAUUCAUGACCCAUUUGACACUAUUGUCACACAGGAGCUCGACUUAAACGUAAUUGUCUGUCCUGAUUGUGAAGAAACACGGGGAUAUUUUGUUAGAUAUACGUUGGAAUGGGAAUACAUGAACAGAAUACAUGAACAUGAACAGAAUUAAGUCUGAACUCAACAGUGACAUGACAUCACAUAUCAGGUUUUGUUUUUACUACAUUGCUCUAACCACACUCAUUAAAACCUUAGAGGGCCAUACUUGCGAACAUUAGAACACGUUUUUGUUUCAGUUUAAGCAUCUGUCAAUAUGUCAUUCUACAUUUCAAAGGAAAAAACAUUAUCUCACCUGGGAUUCAAACUUGUCGCAAACGGUACCAGGAGCCAGGCUGGCUACACUGUGAGCUCAUUGUCCACUUGAAGUUGCUUGUGUGUUUUAGUAACUCUGAAUAACAGAUCCUGCCAUUUGACUUCUGUUAAGGACGCUUCCAUGGACAAGUGUUGGAUCAUGUCCAAAUACGUAUUUUAAUUAGCUGAUACGAAAUUUCAACCAGAUAUAAAUAUACAUAUAUACAGCCACCUGGUGAGCUAUACAGCCACCUGGUGAGCUUAGCAUGUGCCAGGUUAUGUAAUGGUAACAGCUAACAUGUAGCCUUUGAUCACGUACAACUACAUCAACGAUUUUAAUUGGCUGAUGCUUAAACUUAUUCUAAUGUUCACAAGUAUGGUCCCCAGGGAUUUUUUGCCUUAAUAUAGCUAUGCACAUAGCUAUUCAGGUGUGAUUCAUGUGUCAUUCUACUCAGUUUAUGAUAUUAUUCCAUUUUUAUUGUGUAUUUCUGAUCUGUUUUUGACAUUCACAAUAUUACUUGACACACAUAAACCUCAUUAAGACCUUAACUCACCUCAGUUCCUUUGCCUUUCAGUCUACCUCAGUCACAGAAAAGCAGAGGAGAACUCUUUAUAGCCUCUCCCCGUACCAAAAAAAACUAACAAAGACACACACACACACACACACACACACACACACACACACACACACACACACACACACACACACACACACACACACACACACACACACACACACACACACACACACACACACACACACACACACACACACACACACCUACUCAGGACAAUCCCAUACACACUGUACCCACUAGCCUCACACUCUCACUUCCACUUCCAUGCUGACUGACUCUUUAAGCGUGUUCCAGCAGCAGCCUUUAGUGGUAAUGCUCUGAUUAAAUAUCUGAGAUAAGACUUGGGGCUAGAUUCUAUCAGAUCCGUGCUACAUUCACACAGCGGUUGUUUUGGAGGUGGAACUGCGUUAGAGCUGUCAAAUCCACAAGCGGCUCCUUGAGUUACCUUAUCGCGGACACUGCCAUUGGAUGCAACGAAACCACACCCGACUUUAUAUCCAACAGAUCUAUCAUGGAUCAUUUCUAUCAUGGAUAGAGGCUACACUUUCUAUCGCCGUUUUGGACAAACACGGUAGGGAUAAUACAGAAGGGAGGGGUUGGUGACACACAUGAUUAGUUAGCUCAUACCUCAGUAAUACUGGACCUCCAACACUGCCAAAACAUCCACUAUGCGGAUGUCGGAUAAUGUGGGUUAACACUCGAUCUGAUUGAAUCGAGUCCUUGGUCUAUCUACCUGGGUUCAAAAUGACCCAAUAUUUUACUGUUUACUGUAGUUGCUUACUUACUCAUUACUUUUUUUUUUUUUAUUGUUUUAUCACAACGUCUGUGAGCCCUUACAUUUUUUUUCUCUCUUCACUUUUUACAUAAGAUACAAUGUGAUCAUUAUUUCAUUUCAAGCUUUCACUUUCACGCUACAGAUGCAUUUCAUUAACAAUCCUAACAUGAGUUGAACUGAUGUCAGUGAAGUGUGAGACAUGAAAUAGUGAGUUAACACUUUGUUUUGGAUCUUGCUGUAAUGUAUUUCUGGAGUGCGUGGACUUAUCCACGUGCAAUCUUUUUCUAGGGAAAGUUCAAGCGUUUAGUUUUCUGUCAGUUGCAAGUUAGUAUGUCUGAGUCUUUUCUAACCUAGACUUUUUCUCUUGUUACUUCACCUCUUUGGAUGGCAUCACUGUUUGCGCUGUGGACUACCUCUGAAACUAGUCUGCUUUGGCUCUCAGAGGGGUGACUGGCUGGUUUUAGCUUUGCUUGUCCCCUGCAAUCUUACCAUAGCUAUGGAACAACUAUAUCAGAGGUCCACUCAUCUCACUUUGUUCGUAACAGCAUACUGUAUACAGAUGUAGGAUCUUAAUUUGAUCACAUUUUUGUUGCUGAGUUUUUUCCUGCAUUGCAGGAAAUGUAAACUUGUAGUAUAUUUGAGAUUUCCACUUUGAAAUUUCAGAAUUGAUUUGCCCUAAUGAAAAAUGUAUCAACCCUUACAAAAAUGUUAAUUAAUUAUAAUCCACAUAAUAAUUCACAUUUCCUGUUCCUGCAGGAUUAUGUUUCUGCUGUAGCAAACUGGAUCAAAUUAAGAUCCUACAUCUGUAGGUAAAUAAACCCAAAGUACGGUACUAUGAUGUCAGUAAGAGUGGCUCUUAACCUAACCACAGUCAUACCUCAGCAAUAUCAGGAUAGCCACUAUCUAUAUUAUAAUCACAGUGUUGCUCUAAAUGAGCUGACUGAUAUUGAUAUAUUCAGUAUAAAUAUUUUAGGAGUUUAUUUCAUGUACUUGUUGUUAUGCUUUAUGUAUGAGGGUUUUUAAAUAUUGAAUAGAGUAGUUAGGUUCUCUUAUCUUGUAACAUCUCCAGUUUUAAUCUUUUUUGUGUUUGCGAUCAAUGAAAAAGUCUCCCUUUUCAUUUUAGUCUUUCAUAUAUUGUUUGAUUUAUUUUUGAUUUCAAUCCAUUUGAACUUGAAUACACAACUCAAGAGGCUGUUUUCUAAUUUGCCUCUGAUCUGUCUCGCUUCAUUGAGUAUAGAGGUGCUACUUGGUCUUUCUGUUACCAAUAAAUGGUUCACAUAUG